CAGCGAUGGUGGUCGAUGUCUGCAGUACACUGUUGGAUCUUUAGUGUGACGUGCCGCUCGCUGCUUCGGCAGGUAACACUUGCCGCCGCCGCCGCCGAGAUACGCGAAGAAAGGCUCUUGGCGUGGACGCAGAAAACUAUAAAUAGUUCCCCUGACGUCGACGAAGCCGUGAUGAGUCUGCCGCCCGCCGCUGAGAUGGCGUCGCUGAUCCAGACGUACCACUACUGGGGAGCGGAAUUCAUCUCCUACUUCCAGAGAGCGUUCCCCGGCAGAGGUCUCUUCUUCAUGCAAGUCUCGGGCGUGGGUGACCCUGGGCUGGCCUUCACCUUCUACUUCCCUCUCGUGGUGGCGCUCAACGCGGGUCUGGGUGUGAGGAUGAUGUGGACUCUGCUUUUCUGCGAGUGGUCGAACAUGAUACUGAAGUGGACCCUAGCUGGUGAUCGUCCCUUCUGGUGGAUACACGAGACCCCGAUCUACGCCCACGGCCUGCCCCCGCCCAUGCACCAGUACCCCAUCACGUGUGAGACGGGGCCCGGGAACCCCUCCGGCCACGCCAAGCUCAACGCCGCUAUGUUCUUUGUGUUGGUGUCUGCCUUCAUCAACCUGGUGCAGAAGUCAUCGAGGCUCAGUGACGAGCAAAAGGUGUGGGCGCGGCGUGGGCUCUGGGCGGCUUAUGCGGGUUGGAUGGUGCUGGUGAUGCUGUCUCGUCUCUACAUCGCCGCCCACUUCCCCCAUCAGUGCCUCGCCGGGGUAGCCAUCGGUAUAGGUAUGGCCGUCAUGGUGGCUCGCAUGCCCUACCUGCAGACCAUGACCAGACGCCAGUACCUCGCUCUCUCCGCCACCAUCAUCGGCAGCGUCCUUGGAGUGUACUUCGGCCUCCAGGCCGCCGGCUGGGACGUCCUCUGGAGCAUGGAGAAGGCGAUUCGGUGGUGCAUCCGGCGGGAGUACAUCCACAUCGACACCAUGCCCUUCUACUCCUUCUCCAGGUUCUCCGGCGUGGCUCUUGGGCUGGGUUUGGCCCUCUCCUCGCCCUGGUACAAGAAGGCGAAUAGAGACAGGUUCAACAAAAAGAUGACCGCGUCCCUAGUGGUGCUAAGCCUUCUCGUGAGUCAGUUCGGCGUCUACGUCCACAAGUCUCUCCCUCGCUCCAUGACGUUACUCUACUUCGCCGAGUUCACCCUCAACGCCUCCGUCACCUACGCCCUCGUCGCCGCCCUUCCGCACGUAGUCAGGGUGUUGUCCCGAGUGCCCGCCGGUGAUAAGUACAAGAGGAAACAGUGAUGGAGGUGAUGGUGACGACCUCUUGGGAUGGAGGUGAUGGUGACGACUUCUUGGGAUGGUGGUGAUGAUGGUGACGAUUUCCUGGGGUUCGUUGUGCAUGUCAUCAGUUUUUCCUUUUGUACUGAAGUGGAUUUUUGUUGUUUCCUUCUCUUCACUUUUUUUGUAAUGUUGUUUCAGUAUAUUUAAACUUUGAA